GGCCUCUUCAGAAGGACCAACGGAAAACAACGGUUCUCGAAAACCCAUCAGCAUCACCUCUUUAAAGCGACCCAUUUCGCGGCCCCUACAAAACUUGCACAAGCACCCCGAAGCCGGAAGUGGUUUUGCCCCUAAAAAACAUGGCGGAAAGCUUUCUCGUCUCCAAGGGAACAACACUUCGCUCCCAGGACCCCGGGCAGCGGCGGGUGCUGGACCGGGCGGCCCGGCAGCGCCGCAUCAGCAGGCAACUCGAGGCCUUGGAGAAUGACAACUUCCAGGACGACCCCCACGCCGGGCUCCCGCAGCUGGGCAAGAGGCUGCCUCAGUUUGAUGACGAUGCCGACACCGGAAAGAAAAAGAAGAAAACUCGCGGUGAUCAUUUUAAACUUCGCUUCCGGAAAAACUUCCAGGCCCUGCUGGAGGAGCAGAACUUGAGUGUGGCCGAGGGCCCCAACUACCUGACGGCCUGCGCGGGGCCCCCGUCCCGGCCCCAGCGCCCCUUCUGUGCUGUGUGUGGCUUCCCCUCCCCCUACACUUGCGUCAGCUGCGGGGCCCGGUACUGCACCGUGCGCUGUCUGGGCACCCAUCAGGAGACCAGGUGUCUGAAGUGGACCGUGUGAGCCAGGAAGGGGCUCCGAACCGCAGCACCAAAGGAGGGGCUCCCCCUGGAUGGAGGGACUCUCCGCCCACCUGAGGGGCAGGUCCCGCCCAGCCCUGGGGGUGGGGGCCUGCAGGGCCACUCUAAUAAAAGGCCGAGCGCUGUCA